AUGGCCAUCGCUCAGGUCUAUAGUGCGUUUUUCAAUGGAGGGGCGCUAGCUGUGGCUCCUUUUAAAGCUCGAGGCGAUCCAGCUGUUCUAUCACAGAUGAUGUAUGACUACUCCAUUGAGCUGACCAUCUACACACCAUCCGAGUAUCAACUACUGCUCACUUAUGCGGGCGUAUUGUUACGAAAGUGCACCUCAUGGACGAAUGCAUAUUCAGGUGGGGAGAUCAUGCCCUUGCGUCUGCUAGAUGCGAUGCAGAGACUUGAUCUUCCCAGCCUCACUUUGACAGAUUGCUAUGGUCCGACCGAAGCUUCUUGUGCUGCAACCUUCAAAAGCAUUCCGAUUAGUUUCCCCAUUGGAUGA